AUGGAAUUGCGUCCUGUGAGAAAGUGUAGGUUCAUCCUUGAUGUUUUUUGUACAUAUAACCCUUCACAAGAACUGACCAUUUUACUUGAUUACGAUGGAACAACAUCUCGUGAUGUUAAUGAGUGGAUAAACUUUGCAAUGGAAAAUUGGGUCAAGAUGCUUGAUUUGAACUUGGAACAAUAUUACACUAUUGAGAAAAAAUUCCCUGUCAUGAAAGAUUUUCCUCUAACAAAACUUUUUUUGACUGAAGUAAAUGUCAUUGGAGAGGUUCUUGAGCAUUAUGUAUCAAAUUGUCCAUUUCUUGAGGAACUAUAUGUGAGUAGCUCCAAUAGUUUGGUAAAUCUGAGGCUUGUUGAUCAGCCACCCAAAUUGAGUAGCUUUCAAGUAGCUCACUGCUCAAAUUUAGAAAAUCUUGAAAUUUCAGCACCAAAUCUUGUCUCUUUUGGGUACGAUGGACCGAAGAUUAAAAAUAUGACUUUAAAGCAUGUACCUCUUCUUUCAAAGGUAGCAUUUGGAGGGAAAUAUUGUGAAUCAAUUGAGUUUGAUUCUGACCAACAUGCAAGCUAUCUCUCUCAACUUAAGAAGCUUGUACUAUAUUUUACCAAAGAGGUAGUUGACAGAACUUCAUUGUUCCCAUACAAGCUUCCAGUAUUUUGUAACCUCAAAAAAGUGGAAUUGAAGGUUUACACUUAUCUAGGUCAAAGCCUCCAUCCGUUAAUUGCUCUUAUAAUUGCCUCUCCUUUGUUGAAGAUGUUUUCAUUGGAGUUGGAAAUGGAUUAUAGUCAUAAACCAUUUGAAAAUGAGAAGCUAGUGGAAAAUUACAACAUAUGGAAGGCUUCAAAGCAUCCCCAUCAAUGUCUCAAGAAGAUUAAAUGGGUUGGGUUUGAUGGAAGUGGAAGUCAUGUUGAUUUUGCUAAGGAUUUACUUGACAUCGCGGUCUCACUUAAGACGUUUAUCAUUGAUACUGUUUAUCCAAAUAUAGCACUAUCGGAGGACUAUGCAGAAUUUGUCAAAAGAUGGCAAAUAGCUGUUGUUGCUGCCUGUAAAAUAGCAGAAUCACAUCCAGGGAUUAAUUAUUUGAUAGAUUGUUAA